CUGCGGGGCUCGUGACUUCGAGACUUCCUGCCUAGGUGAUGUCGCGACCGAGUUAGCCACUUAGCAGAAAGCAAAGCUGGCAUACACAACAGCUACCGACUACGCUAUGCCUCGACGAACCGAAGCCAUAGAUGAUUAUUCAACUGCAAUUCCGCAGAUAGUACUUUCAUCGGACAGCGAUUUCCUCGAUCACCUCAUCCCAGUCCUGAAAGAUGCGGCCAAUUCCAGACGAACGCCAGCCUUGAUACAGUGCUUGAGCAGAUAUUCAGAUGAAAGAGAAGCCGACAUCGAACGAAUCGGGCUCACUAAGCAUGAAGAGUUCCUAAGCUCUGUUAACCAACUGCAAGGCGUGCGCGAGGACACGGUCGCCCUCAUUGGCGAGAUUUUGCAUCUCAAUCAAUCUAUACAAACUAGUACUGAAAAACUGGUGGAACAAAAAGGUGCUCUGGUCAACACUAAGGCUAUUCGACAGAAUAUUGCAGAUGCGUCGGACGCGCUGAAGGACUCUCUGCGUGUUUUACAAGCCGUAAAUCUUGCCCAUGAUUUGAUACGAAGGAAAAGAUAUUACUCGGCCUUAAAAUCUCUCGAAGACCUUCAGAACGAACAUAUUGUACCGAUACUACAAAACCGAUACGCGACCCAACACCGACUGGCCGAUGCGAUACAGAAAUCAAUACCUGCGUCACGCAAGGCUAUUUCGGAAGCUGUGAUGGUUGAUCUCAAUACGUGGCUCUUUCAUAUUCGGAGAGUAUCUCCACUUCUAGGAGAAUUUGCAUUUUACCAAACUGAAAUGCGUCGAGCGCGACAGAAGAAGAGAAUUGAUGAACAAGAAUGCUUGCCAAACUUCAAGCUCAACUCAGCUAUUGAGCUUGUCUGCGACGAGAGUGAAGAAUUCGAUGUUUUGAAUAACGAACAGUUGGAAAUUGACUUCACACCACUCUUUGAAGGGCUGCAUAUUCAUGAUGCUCUGAAUCAGAGCGAUCGUUUUAAAGCCGAGUAUGCUGCGACUCGCCGACAACAAAAGGACUUGCUGAUCCCGGCUUCCAUUGAUCUGUUGACAGAAGACGAAUCAUCGUUGAGCAGCUUGCUGGAAGAAAUAGCGGGAUUUGCAAUCCUUGAGAAAGCCUCAAUGCGGAAGGCACCUCAGUUGCGAACCGCUAUUGAGGUUGAAGAACUCUGGGAAUCGAUGUGUAGCUCGGUUAUAAAAUUAACCAAUAAGGCCCUGGGAGAAAUAUCGAAUGCUGAGGCACUUCUGAAGAUCAAAGGUGUUAUAGCUCUGUUUAUCCAAACCAUGGAAGGAUAUGGCUAUUCCAUUUCUAGCCUUGACAGCUUCUUGUUAACAUUAUUUGACAAAUAUGCCGAAUUGCUCAAGAGGAGGUUUAGCGAAGACUUCCAAGAGAUCGUAUCGACCGAUGAUUACAUGCCAAUGGCGAUUAACAGCAUAGCAGAGUUUGAGAAAGUUCUCAAUAUCAGCUGGUAUACGCACGACCAACCAAUUGCGCAAUUAUCCUAUCCCUGCGUCCUCCCAUUUUCGCAGAUGUACCCGCUCUGCUGUAUUGAUAUACGGAAUUUCCUGAACCAGUUUUACUUCUUCUCCGACGACCAGUUCCAGCAUUCUGAAAUCAUUGACGAAACCCUCAGACAAUCACUUGACGAACUUCUAACCGAAAAAGUAUGCCGAUCGAUUGUUGAGAAAUUAAGCUCACAAUACCUUGGACAAAUCGUACAAAUUCUCAUCAAUUUGGAACACUUUGAAAUAGCUUGCCAGGAGCUUGAACAGCUUUUGAUUCGUGCAAGGUCAUCCACAUCUGCUGGUGGACCUCUGAAACUCAAAGCAACUGAAGAAUUCCGCAACCAUAAAAAGACCGCAGAGAAACGAAUAUUUGAACUGGUCAAUUCAAAGAUUGAUGAUCUUAUUGAUACGGCAGAAUAUGAAUGGCUUAUAUCAUCACCUUCACCUGAGCCAAGCAGUUAUAUGCAGACUUUGACGAGAUACUUAUCUAACAUCAUGAACUCAACCCUUCUGGGCCUUCCUCGCGAAAUUAAAGAGCUAAUUUACUUCGAUGCUCUCAGCCAUACAUCAAAUAAAAUUUUGGCUCUCCCACUCUCCACCGACGUCAAGCAUAUCAGUGGACCAGCUGUCGCUAAUCUAGCACAAGAUGUCAAAUAUCUGACCGAGUUUGUAAACAGCCUGGAGAAUGGACAAAUGCUCCGAGAAAACCUUGAUGAGCUUCAACAAACCGUCAAUCUGCUACAAUCCGACAAUCAUGAUGAGUUUUUCGACAUCUCCAUCCGCAACAAGAAAUAUGGCCGCGUUGACGCCCUGAAUGGACCUGUGCUUCUUGAAAAAUUAACUACUAACGCUAGCCAAGUCCCAAUUCGUAGCGCACCAUUAUCUAGCCUCUCCUCACGCUUUGGCAUGAUGAAGUAA